AAAGGUUGUAACUAAAAUAUUAUUAAGGAAAGGAAACCUUUGUCUUUUCAUAUCGAAGUUAGAUCGUGACAAAUACACAUAUUUUAAUUUCUGAUAAUAAACCGUAACUUUUAUCUCCUAAAUGAAUGACAGUUGCUAAAACUUGCGGUUUAAUUUAUGACAAUGGCCGAUAAAAACGAUAAUGGCAUUAAAGCACGAGUUGUUCUCCAGCAGUGUCUACAUGCAAGACUCCAGGUUAAACCUCCAGACGCAGAGACUGAUGCUGAAUGGGUUGAGAUCAAUAGGGGAAUGGUGAUCUACAUCUGCUUUUUCAAAGGUGCCACUGAAGAUAUAAUCCCCAAAAUGGUGACAACAUUACUAAACAUGAAGCUUUGUGAGACGGCCACCGGAAAAUAUACCUCCGUCCUUGAACUACCUGGCAGCGUUCUCAUUGUACCCCAGGCCACACUUGGGGGGAAACCAAAAGGAAGGUGGAUGCAGUACCAUGGUAACAUUGGUAAAGAUGAAGGCCUGAAGCUCUAUGGCAGCUUUGUGUCUCAGUGUCAAAGUGAACUCUUUGCUUGCAAGAAAAGUGAAACUGUCAUAGAAGUCAAACAUGGAACGUAUGGGAACAGACAGGUCCUCAAAUUGGAUACAAAUGGUCCUUAUACUCAUCUAAUAGAAUUUUGAGAAUGACGUUUAAAUUUUUAUUCACUGUAUUAGUAGUGUGAUCAGUGUGCACGGACCUAAAAUGAUAAACUGUUGCACAUUUACAGUUUCACUCCUGAAUAAAAUGUAUUUAAAGAAAAAGCCUGAAAGUGGGUCUGUGAUGUAU